AUGUCACAACCAAACUUAAACGAACGCAUCCAAGUCGACACAAGCGACGACGACUCCCUCUUCGACACCCAAUCCCUCAAAGACUCCAGCCUCUCCUUCGCCUCCUCCGUCCGCGACUACAACUAUGAAAACGGCCGUCGCUACCACGCCUACCGCAACGGCCAAUACCCACUCCCAAACGACCAAGAAGAACAAGACCGCCUAGCCCUAACGCACCACCUCUUCAAACUCCUCACCGGCGGCGACCUGCACCGCGCCCCAAUAGCCAACACCAGCCCGCGCCGCAUCCUCGACAUCGGCACCGGCACCGCCGAAUGGGCCCUAGAAAUGGCCGAAGACCACCCGCAAGCCGACAUAAUCGGCACAGAUCUCAGUCCCAUCCAGCCGAACUGGGCGCCGCCCAAUUGCCGCUUUUUCAUCGACGAUGCGGAAAGCGAUUGGACGUUUUCGCCCGGAGAGGCAUUUGAUUAUAUUCAUGCGCGCUCGAUGGGCGGCGGGAUUGGGGAUUGGCCGAGGCUGCUGAAGCAGGCUUAUCAGCAUUUGAAGCCGGGCGGCUGGUUUGAGGCGCAGGAGUUUGAUACGUGGGCGCUUUCGGAUGAUGGGACGCAUGAGGGGGCGACGGCGCUUAAUGGUUGGCAGGAUUUGUUGGAUCAGGCUAGUAAUAAGUUUGGGAAGCCGAUGAAUGUUGCGUCGAGGAUUUCGCAGUGGAUGGGUGAGCAGGGGUUUACGAAUCUUGCGGAUGAUAUUUACAAGUGUCCUGUUGGCGGCUGGGCGAAGAACCGCCGCUUAAAGGAGAUCGGUCGUAUUGGCAAGGUGACUAUCUUGGAAGUCGUCGAGCCGUACACGCUGGCGCUGUUCACUCGUGUUCUGGGAUUCUCCUACCAGGAUGCGCAGGAGUAUAUGGACAAGGUGCGGGCGGAGCUGGUCAGCAAUUCCUACCAUCUUUAUGUGCAUUUCCACUUUGUCUACGGGCAAAAACCUUUCGAUGAGGGCUCUCCUUCGUCGGGGGAGUCUUGA